UCCAGCCAGAAGGGAUUCCUGGCCGCGUUCCAGGUCGGCGCACUAAUACAAGCUCCGAGGCUCCCGCCUGACUGACGCCGGCUGGAGGCUGCUUGCUUGCUUGCUUGCCUGCUUGCCUGCCUGCCUCGUUGCUUGCGGCCGCUUCUCCUUCUUCCUCCUCCUCCUCCUCCUCUUGCGGGGCGAUUUCGCAGCCGCGUCCCUCCUCCAGUUGGCCAAGGGAGGGGGCGAAAAGGGGAGCCGCUCUCUGCAGAAAUUGCCGCAGCCCUACGGACAGAAUCGCCCUCCGGACAGAAUCUGUCAACAUUUGAAGACACUUGAGGCAAAGUAUACUUCCAGCACUAACCAAGAUAUGAUUGAAAGAGCUUGAUUUUGAAGACUCUCUCCAUACUAAGAUUCACACCCUGAUUUUUUUAAAAAAGAAGAACAGAGAAACAGAGGGGAAAAUCUGGGACUCCAUCUGCAAUAAUAACAUAAUCUUGAUUCAUAUGCACCCCAGCACCCCUAUCAGUUCUUUGUUCUCCUUCACCAGCCCAGCUGUGAAACGACUGCUGGGCUGGAAGCAAGGAGAUGAAGAGGAAAAAUGGGCAGAAAAAGCUGUUGACUCCUUGGUGAAGAAGCUGAAGAAAAAAAAGGGUGCCAUGGAGGAACUGGAGAGGGCACUCAGCUGUCCUGGGCAGCCCAGUAAGUGUGUGACAAUCCCACGCUCUUUGGAUGGAAGAUUGCAAGUGUCUCAUCGCAAAGGCCUGCCGCAUGUCAUUUACUGCCGAGUGUGGCGUUGGCCUGACCUGCAAUCACACCAUGAAUUAAAACCACUGGAAUGUUGUGAGUUUCCAUUUGGCUCAAAACAGAAAGAAGUGUGCAUUAAUCCUUACCAUUAUCGUCGUGUGGAAACUCCAGUUUUACCUCCAGUCCUGGUUCCAAGACAUAGUGAAUUCAACCCACACCUCAGUCUCCUUGCCAAAUUCCGGAAUGCAUCCCUUCAUAGUGAGCCACUGAUGCCUCAUAAUGCUACCUACCCAGAAUCUUUCGAGCAAAAUCCCUGCCCUCCUUUCCCAGCAUCACCCAACAUGUAUUCUCAGUCACCUAACAGUAUGACCUACCCUGAUUCUCCAGGAAGUUCCUCUGCGCCGGGAAGUCCUUACCAAAUCACAGUUGAAACCCCUCCUCCACCUUACAAUGCAAGAGAAACAUCAGGACACCACAAUGGACGAUCUGUACACUCAGUUGCAGACAGUCAGUUACUUCUGUCAUUGCCCAAUGGAGGUAAAUCUGAUGAUGGCAAACCUGAAAACUUCCGGCCUGUUUGCUAUGAGGAACCACAGCACUGGUGUUCGGUGGCAUACUAUGAACUCAAUAACCGAGUAGGAGAGACUUUUCAGGCCUCUUCUCGGAGUAUACUUAUUGAUGGCUUUACAGAUCCUUCCAACAAUAAAAACAGGUUCUGUCUUGGACUGCUGUCUAAUGUAAAUAGGAAUUCUACUAUAGAAAACACUAGAAGACACAUAGGAAAGGGUGUUCAUCUGUAUUACGUUGGUGGUGAGGUAUACGCAGAGUGUGUGAGUGACAGCAGCAUUUUUGUACAGAGCCGCAACUGUAACUAUCAGCAUGGCUUCCAUCCGGCCACUGUUUGUAAGAUUCCCAGUGGCUGUAGCUUGAAGAUUUUCAACAACCAGCUCUUUGCCCAGUUGCUUGCCCAGUCAGUUAACCAUGGAUUUGAAGUGGUGUAUGAGCUAACCAAGAUGUGUACCAUUCGGAUGAGCUUUGUCAAAGGCUGGGGAGCAGAGUACCAUCGCCAGGACGUUACAAGUACUCCGUGCUGGAUUGAGGUCCAUCUGCAUGGCCCAUUGCAGUGGUUAGAUAAGGUGCUGACUCAAAUGGGUUCCCCUCAUAAUCCAAUUUCCUCUGUUUCCUAAGAACCAUCUCCACAGACUACCAAUGAGAUGAAUAAUGUCGCAAGGUUGUGGCUUGUGGAAAUCUCACAUGGGAGCCAACCUGAAUUUCUGUAUGUAGCUGUAAAUAUAUGAAUGUACAUAGUAUAUCAUCAGUGGAGUUUUUCAUGUCAUUACUACAUGUUUACUAGCUAAUAAGAUGGUGGUAUGUUGCAUUCUGUGCUGUUUACUGACAAUGUUAUAGAAAUUUGGAUUUAGCAAGCCUGUCUCUGGGUAUGGAAAAAUACUAGUGUUGUUUGUACUCUGCAAUAAAUCAUCUAAAUAAACAUAAAUUCUACAUCUUAUAUACAAUUUUAGAAGUAAGUAAUUUGGCAUGUAAAAUAAUAAAAACUGCCGUGCUUGACAAGAUGAAAUACCAUCUGGUCAACAUUCUGUUUCUUACGAACAGUCCGUGCUGCUGGACCCUCUGAAGCAAAGUAUAAUGACUUUGGCUCUUCUCCAUUUUACUUUUGGCCUCCCAUCAAUUGUUUGUAGUAUAUACUGCUAAGCACAGGAGUAUAUUGCUUCUGGACACAAAGAUUACAUGUACUUUUUGCAGAUAAAAUACCAUUUAUAUUUCUGCUUUC